AAAUUAAGAACCCAAGACGUCCCUUCUGGAGAGGGGUAUAAAGUUACCUCGCUUACCUCCAGUUGGCAGACUUAUUAUUUAUUAUUACACAGUAGGGGGGGGCUACAACGGUGUAUAGUACGGUUCAAGUCCAAAGAACGACGGAUAUUAAACUCGUCGUACGGCUUCCGUCUCUGACGUAAAUAAAUUCAACGAAAUCCUGUUACAAUACUUUCGUUUCUGCGCCCCUCCACCUUAAUGGAAAAGCACAACCACCCAGUGUUCACCCAGAAACGCUCGGCAGCAGAGCCCUGGCCAAAUAAUUAGACCCAAACGAAAACUAGAGAGAUGAUUUUCAAAGUGAAACUUUCUCGUUUGCUUCGAAAGAGACCGCUGGACGUCAACGGCUUGCACCGGGCGACAUCCUCUUCCGUUUCGUCCCACUCGCGGACGCUUUUGAACGCCGUGCUGCAGACGGCUAAUCCGCCGCUGGUCGUCGGAUAUUUCAUCGUCUUCUCCUAUUCAGCUCUACUCGCUCCGUCGACGCUCCUGGCAGCCGUUUUCGUCGCUUCCAUCGCUUCCCUUCUCUCAGAGUUGUGCAGGUACGAGUUUCUCACCUGCCGACGCAACACGUCGGCAUGCCCGUACAUUUGCACCUACCAAAUGAUGGGCGAAUUCGCCGCUCACCUUUACGGAUGGAUCCAGUUGCUGAGUCGCGGAGCUGUGGCGGCUCUGGUGGCCCGCGGAGUCGGAUCGGUUCUGGUCCUGGUAUUCGGCCGGACGUUGAUCCAGUACGAUUUCCAAUUCGUCAACGAGGAUUCGUUUGGUAUCAUAGCCCAAUUGAUGGUCUCCCUGUUUGUCCUGCUCGGUCUGAAGAUGACCACGCCCUUUGCCGUGGCAAUCAAACUGUUCACCGUGAUGGCCAUUUUCCUAUUCAUGUCACAAAUCGGAAGUUUCACUCUGCCGGAAAGUGAAGUCCAACAUCACCAUCCGCCAUCCAUCGAUGUGUCUUCCAAAGAGGAAUUCCUAAUGGCUGCCGCAUUGUUGAGCAUGACAUUCAAGCCGGAAAACAAGGAGACUCACAUACUCACCAAGUCGUCGCUCAUGUCGGCUUUUCUCGGAAUUCAAUACUGCUCCACCCUGUUCCUCUUUGUCAUCAUGUCCAUCUUCCAUUGCUUCUUACCGCCCAGCGUUUUCGGCCACAUCAAAAGCGGAUCGCCGUUGCUGGAAAUUUGGAUGAGCCUGGCCUCGGGUCCUCAUUGGUCUGCUGCCAUUUUCUCGUGCUGCUGCAUCCUGGUCGGCUCCCUGUCGCUGGUGGAGGCGAUUCAAGAUUCCAAACGUCAAAUCAAUAAAAUGUCGGCCGACGGACUCAUUUGGAAGCGGCUGGCGGCCGACCCGAAAUUGGUUUUGAUUGUGCACGGCUUCAUUUCCGUCGGCUUGCACUUGACAGUGUCAACUCUGAAUUUGAUCUUCAUCCUGGCGUUCGUCCACCUUGGCUUGGAUUCCAUCCUGGGCGUGGCCGUCACCUUCAGACGAUACUGCAGCUAUUCUUCCACGCGUCAACUGUCCCAGCCAACCAACAAGACGAGGGCUGGCGGCGGAGGAGGCCGGAAGGGUCGCCAGAACGGCGGCUACGACGUGCUGGCCGACGGGCAGCCGUCGUCUCAGCCGUCCCAGCAAAUUCGAGCGGAAGAUUCAGAGUCGGACGAGACGGACAUUGACGCGGCCGUCGACGACUACAAGACGCAAAUGUACGUGUCGACGGUGAUGCACUGGAACGGGUCGGAGGUGGUCAACAACCAAGAGUCGCCGGAAGUGGAUGCAAGUCGAGUUUCGUCCAGGGUGUCGUGCCUGCUGCUGGCCGUCUCGAUCGUCAUCCUCGUCACGUCGCUGGCCAUGCGCUGGAUCAUCAGCGACCCCAACUGGUUCUCCAUGUCCAUCACCAUGUGCUCGUUCGUCGUCUACAAUGUCAUCCUGUUUGUCAUUUGGACGCAUCCGCAGAGGUUGACGAGCAGCAAUCCGACGCUCAAAGUGCCGUGUGUUCCGUGGAUUCCGGUCGGAUCGACGCUGUUUCACUGCAUCAUGCUAUUCCAAUUACCGGCCCUGUCCUGGAUUGUUUCAUCACUCUGGCUCCUAACAGGUACAAACAUACAAAAUCAUUGUCUAAAUUCAGUUGUGAAUGCACUCCCGCUCUCUCGUUCAGGAAUGGCCGUCUAUUUCGGCUACGGUUAUGGCCACAGUCGUCUCAAUUUCAAAUUGCAAGAUUCAAAUUUCAGCCAGGGUGGCGGAAUUGGUGGCAAUGUCAAAACGGGCGACAUGCCAAUCGCUCGCAGCAGGAACCCAGCACACAAGUUACGCAUUCUACCUGAAGCGGUGAUGAACCUCAACGUCACGUCGUCCAGCAUCGCAGUCUACCCCCAACCCUACUACAAAAUUUAAUAUAUCAAACGGAAAUGGAUUAUUACAAAUGGAAUAAUUAUUUAGUUAUUUAACCGAUUCAACGACGACGGACAUGGUCGAAUUGCUGCAACAUGUAGAAUGUAUUUGAAAUAUUUGGAAAUGGAAAUUACACACCGAAGUAACUCUCUCGUAAAAAAUCGGCAACCGUGCUAGCGCCAAUUUUGAAUUCAAUAGAAAUCAAAACACUUAGAAAAAUAAAAUCAAAACAGUUGUGUAACAUUUGGAGGAGAUCGACAAACCCUUGAUUAAUAUCAAAACAAAGAAAAGGAAUUUCCCCUUGACUAAAAUUGGAAUCGAUGAAGGAAUGAAAGCAAAUUAAUUUGGGAAUUUCACUGGGCGAAAAAAAUGAUCCAAAUUUUCUCUUAAGCACCUUUAAAAACAAACACAACCCUCUGUCACAUAAUUAAUCAAUCACGUCGGCCUCUAUAGAAAUAGAAUAAGUGUGUGUUUCUUUCUUUUGUGGUUUGACUUUU